AUGUUGACCACCACUUCUCUUCCGGACGAGCUAACGGGAGAUGUGACGAUUGUUGGAUACGACGAUCAGCAACCAAAACUCGCCACCUCACACGAAGACAUCACCUCACAGCGCCUUAUGAAGGCUCACGUCGAGAACAAUUCCAAGCAGGUUCUUGAUCCCAGUGAUGUUGAGAAAGCGCUUGAAACUGUCAGCAGCCAAGCUGUGCAGAGGAAGACGGAAAAGGAGCUGAAAAAGAUGGUAAAGGAGCAGGACAAGGCGGAAAAGGAGCAGGACAAGGUAGAAAAGGAGCAGAAGAAGCGACAAAAACAGGAGCAACAGGAAUCGACUACAAGCGUCCCAUCCGAUCGACAGCAACCACCACAACUACACGACUUCUGCCCCACUGGGACAUAUAUCAGCAUGGUAAUAACCUACCCUGCUGAUGUAGUCAAUUUCCAAGUUGUUCGGCCUGAUCCCAAGCCCGAACUUAAGGGCCUCCAACCUGUGUCCAUCGAUAUCAAUGGCCUCUUCCACUAA